AUGGCAACACUCUCUGUCACCAACCUUGAGCGGCUCUUUGGCGAACUGGAACUGUCCACGCCAAUCCCGCAGUUUGCCUCGUCGGACAUACGAAGCAAACCUCUCGAUCUAUACCGCUCGUACCUCGCCGAGCUGAUAUGCGGCAUAGUUGACUGCGACCCUACUGCUGCAUACAGCGCCGUUCAAUUAUCCAAUGACCCAUUGCAUGGCGACUUCACUGUUGUCCUACCAAGGCUUUGCACCAAUGCAAACCCGAAAGAGCUAGCACAAACAGUGAUCGAGAAGUUCGCGCCGAACGCGCUUUUCGAUCUUCCAUGGGCAGACGGAGUCUACCUACGGGUCUGCGCCCAUUCCGGCACCCUUCCGCGCCUCCUCAUCCCUUUCAUCAUUGAAAGAAAUUCCGGGUAUGGGAGGCAUGGCGAAGAAAAACAAGAAACAGGAUCUCUGUCUCCCAGACAAGAGAAAGAAGUAGUCGUUGAGUUUUCGUCUCCGAACAUUGCCAGCGAGUUUCAAGCAAAGCAUCUGCGAAGCACUAUCAUAGGUGAAUUUAUAAGCAACAUCUACCAGUUCAUGGGUUGGAAGGUAUUCCGAACCAAUUACCUCGGCGAUUGGGGUAAAGACAUGGCACUACUAGGUGUUGGCUGGGAGAACUUUGGGUCGGAGGAAGAUUUUGAAAAAGAUCCCGUGUCGCAUCUCCUUGACGUCUAUCACAAGAUUCACCAAGAGUUUCUACCUGAACAAAUUGCAAGCAGGAAGGCUCGCGACGAGGCGAAGAAGCAUGGGCAGGACGAACUUGAAGCUACAGUAGGAAUCGAAGGCAGGGGGGUCUUUGCUGAGCGGAAUGCAUUCUUCAAGAGAAUGGAAGACGGUGAUCAACAUGCCCUUGAUUUGUUCAAAAGUAUACGCGAAGUCAACAUCGACAGUUAUGCGAAGUUUUACGGCCGCCUUGGGAUCACCUUUGACGAGUAUUCAGGAGAGUCGCAAGUCAGGCAGGAGACAAUCGCGGAGCUUGAGCAGGCUCUGAAAGACAAGGGUAUUACUGAAGAAAGCGGUGGGGCGAGUGUCAUUGACAUGAAAAAGCUGGGAGCGAAGUUCGGUACCGCUAUUGUGCGCGACAGAACGGGGAGUAGCACAUACUUCAUGCGCUAUCUUGCUGCGGUGCUGGAACGUUCACGACGACAAGAGUUUGACAAGAUGAUUUUCGUUGCGGCUGACAAAACUGGCCACUUUUCCAGGCUCAUCAAAGUCUUCGAAGCAUUAGGCAUGACAGAGCUUGCGGCGAAGCUGGAGCAUGUCCAGCUCAACGACGUCUCCCACAUGGCCGAAAAGCUGGGCCACGACUGUCAACCUCAUAAUAUAAUUGAUCAAUGUGCAAAGGCUGUGCGAGAUGUACUGAAGGCCGACGAACAGAAAGCGACUGUCCUUGGAACUUCCGAUGAAGUAGUGACAAAGCUCGGCACCACGGCCAUUCUGGCGCAAGAACUAUCGACCAAGCGGGGAAGCGAUCAUGCCUUCGACAUCAACAGCAUGGCAUCGUUCAAGAGUGGGACUGGGGCAUACCUACAGUAUCACUAUGCACAGCUUUGCUCGAUAUUGAAAUCUCACCCGUUGAAAGCCGAUUUGACUCCUGAAGAUUACGAGAGCCUCUCAGAAGAAGAGCAUACGAGCCUUCUCCUUGCACUAGGCCAAUAUCCUGAAGUUGUCCAGGCCACGUACAAAUCAUUAGAACCCGCAAAUAUCAUGGCAUACCUACACACAGUCGCCGAGAAGCUAACGGACUGUCUCGAUGACGAUGAAGAUGACGAGCAGGAAGAGCAAGAGGGGGUCCGUGAUAUGGAGGAGAAGGGUAUCGGCCCUGUACAAAGCGCUUUAUUUGAAGCAACAAGGGUUGUUCUUGAGAAUGGGAUGAGGUUGUUAGGCCUUGAACCCGUAGCUUUUCUGCUACGAGAGCGUGCAGAUACCCCAGUUGCGGAUUAG